CUUGUUUGGGAACGUUGCGGACGAAAUCUUCUCUCUUCCCCCCUCCAACCACCGCCCGCCCCAACCAAUCAUCCGACCAGCCAAUCGGCCGGCCAAUCAUCUCAUCCCAUCGCGCCACAGCAAAGCAUAUUAUUUCCUUCCCUCACCCUACACCUACCUUGUACUCAGACACCUCAUACCUCCAAACUACUGACGUCGCCAUCCAAAAAUCUUUCGCCAGCUGUCGACCCACCGCCAUUCAUCUUCCAGCGCCGCUCGCUGCGACAUGAUUUGAUCUGUUUUAUCGCAUUCCACAUAAUUCGCCCUCAUGAGUUCUAAUCAAGGUGCUGACGGCCCCUCGACUCCCGGAGGUUCCUCCAGCAAACAAGAUGCAGCAACCCCGGACCCAUUCGUCCCUCGCGCUACCCGCCCAGGAUACAUGACUGUAGGCUCUGGAUCAACACCCGAGGCUGCAGCACGCCUCGUGUCGAUGCUAGAUCAAGAUUCUGGUUAUGGAGGUAGUGUUGCCAAUGGAGAAGGCUCUGGACCGAUGUGGCAUCCUAACAUCGUCGAAGACCGACCAACGCCACCGCAUACACCUCACGAAGGGAACGCUGCCGACCAUGACCGACAGCGAAGCCAGGUCCUACAGCUUCGCUACAAUAAAAACAAGAAUGCUCUCGCCCGUGCCAUUCAAGGCACUGUCGAUACGUUGAAGGGAUUCCAGGAGAUGAACCUGUCAUGGCCCGCACACUACCCCUCCGCCCAACAAGACCCCCAGAGCCCACAACACAGUCGAACCGAGUCUCGACCGGGACUUCAACACACGCAAUCAGCUUUGGGAAGACCUGAAGCACAACGCUCACCUGAUCGACCGAAACCCCCACGGAGGGCGGAAACCACGAUCGAAGAUGCAUUCGGAGGAGGAGAAUCGAGUUCGGCCGCUGAACAGGAGAAGAAACCCGAACCCCGACUUAUCACGCCACAACUCGCCCAUGACUUCUCGGUCCUGAAAUUGGAGCUGCGUAUGGGAGGAAGGACACAGACAGACUUGGUACACUCCCUCGAGAAAAGCUCUGUUGCGUCUCUCUUGGAUGGCCAGAUUCAACAGAGUAUCCGCCAUCUCUACUCAAUUAGGGAGAGAAUAGAGGAUACGUCGAGUAAAGUCCUUGUCACUGGAGAUUUAAAUGCCGGAAAGUCAACCUUUUGCAAUGCUCUUCUACGAAGAAAACUUUUGCCCGAGGAUCAGCAGCCAUGCACCAGUAUAUUCUGCGAAGUUCUCGAUUAUCGGGAGAAUGGCAUGAUCGAAGAGGUCCAUGCUGUACCGAUCAACAACAUCUACAACCGUCACGAUGAGAGCACCUACGUGGUUUUUGACCUCAAGGAUCUGGAAAAGAUUGUUAUCGACAACGAACGUUUUUCACAAUGCAAGAUCUACAUCCGGGAUAUUCGUUCUGAAACCGAGUCAUUGCUAAACAAUGGAGUGGUCGACAUUGCACUCAUUGACGCACCAGGCUUGAACAUGGACUCGGUAAAGACGACUGCAGUUUUCGCCAGACAGGAAGAGAUUGAUGUAGUGGUCUUCGUCGUAUCUGCCGCCAACCACUUCACGGAAUCCGCGAAGAACUUCAUCUUCACUGCUGCACGUGAAAAGGCGUACAUGUUUAUGGUUGUGAAUGGUUUCGACACGAUUCGGGACCAGGAACGAUGCCAGAACAUGAUCUUGAAGCAGGUCCACAACUUGAGCCCGGCAACAUUCAAGGAAUCCAGCGAGUUGGUUCAUUUCGUAUCAAGCAACGCCAUCCCGAUGGCACCUGGUGGCGGGGAUGACGAUGGAGACGACGAUCCUUCCGACAAGGGCAAAGGCAAGGAAGCAGACAAGAUCCGAGACUUCGAGGAACUAGAAACUUCCCUCCGACGAUUUGUCCUUGAGAAGCGGGCGAGAUCAAAGUUGGCCCCAGCGAAGACUUACCUUCUCAAUGUCCUUGGAGACAUCCACAAUUUGGCCACAGUCAACCGAGAUGUCGCUCAAUCGGAGUUGGAUCGAGUCAAGAAGGAGAUGGAUGAAGUGGAGCCUGAAUUUGAGCAAUCGAAGAAGGCAAGAACUGAAGCGGGCGAAACGGUCGAUCGAAUGGUUGAAGAAACUACAUCCGAUGUGUAUAACUACACACGUGACACAAUCAACAGCUCCAUCGCCAAAGUGGCGGACCAAGAUCUCGGUAUUGCAUACCCCGGUUUGUUGUCAGCGUACCAGUACGCGGAAGACAUCAGGGAUUCCAUGCUUCAUGAGAUUACUGAGACCGUUCGACAAUGCGAGGACCAUGCCCGAGCCCAGACCGUUGAAGGCUACAAUGGUGUCAAGAAUAUCGGAAUUCUCCACCUUGGCGAUACACAGUAUGCGAACGUGAUGUUCCUUCCCGAGAGAAUGUUCCGAAAAUCGAUGCACGCACUUGCUCGACAAGUUGACAUCGAUAUCGAUGUUUGGGAUUUCUUUGACGUUUCCGGCUUGUGGGAGCGACAAGAGAAGGCCGCAGGCACAGGCAUGGCCUUGACAGUGGCUGGUAUGGUUGGAGGACGUGUGAUUGGUGGCGUUGGCUGGCUCGAUGGAGCUCUCGGUGCAGCGAAGAUCUUGGGCUCCAACAACAUGAGGAGACUCCUCGUACCCGGCUUGAUUGCUGGCUUCGCUAUUGGAGUUUCAUAUGUCCUAAGCUCGAUCCCCAAAUCGCUCCCACAUCGCCUAAGUGCAAAGCUCUCAUCACAGCUCGCUGCGAUUGACUACACACACUCCAACGCCCUGCGUAUCAGCUCGGAGGUUCGACGUGCGCUCAAGAGCCCCGCGAGCGACGUUCGCAUUGGCCUUCAACGCAAUGUCGAAAAGCUCCAGCUCCGAAAAGAAGAGACGGCCAAAUCCAAGGCAGCUGCCGAGGUAGCACGCAAGUAUUUUGGAAAUUUGGUCAGGAGCAGCAACGAUAUCCGCCAAGGAGUCCAGCGCAUCGACCUCGAUGCACCUCCACCAAACUUCCCUACACUCAUGCAAUCGUUUGUUUUCUUUAUAAUCCUCCUCCUCAUCAUCAACUCCCCGGGACCCGAGCAACAGCCCUUCAACACCCGGAACCGAUACGACGACGUGCUCGAGCGGGAAUGGAGCCAACUAGAUCUCUUGAAUCGCACACGUUACGGCGACUUCGAUGCGAAGAAGAAUAAAUGGCUGAAUAUAUCAGGGCUGAGGGAUGAAGACGGGUUCGACUGGGAAUCGCUAGGUGCCGUGAAGAGACGAGCGAUCGAGCAGACAAAAGGGCUGCUCGGACAGGAUGCCGACUUCGCGCUUGAUGGAUCCGACGACCCCGGGGGAGGAAACAACAUAUUGGUUUACCGGAACGUGUCGGGGUACGUGGAGGGCGAAUGGGUGCGCUCGUCCAUCGGUCGCGUGAGGCAUCCGUCUGAUAUGAAUCUGACUGCCACGAUUGCCGACGGCCCGUUCCCUUCGUCUGAGUUCGAGAGGAACCUCACGGGGAAUAGUGGGUCGAUACGGGUGCAUGUUACAGAGCUGGAUGGGAGGUCGCGGACGGAUGAGAAUAAGACGAUUUCGGAGCUGGCGGCGAGGGUGGUGAUUGGGGACGAUGGGUCGUUUGGUGGGAAUUGGUUUGAGUUUUUGUUGAAUGGGGUGCACUUCACGAAGACUGGAGGCGCUGUUUUGACGACUACUAGCGAUAGAUUUGGUGGCAUCUUUGCGCUGCCGCAUUUCCAGCUUUCGCAGCAUUUAUAUUCUUCCUCACAGGAGCUGCUUAACUCCACGAUACACGAUACGAUUGAACGACAGAUCAAUAGGGUUUACCCGCUUUGGAAUCCCUGGACAUCCGCUCCCGAGGGUGCAAAUGAGGCUUUGUUUACAAGCCCGCAUUGCGAGUUCGUGCUCUACUUGCAGCAACAUCCGAUCGCAUCUCUGCCUGCGAUGGCCAAGCCGGACCAGUCGCAAACGAACCAGGGUUUUGAUAUAGACUGGUAUGAGAACGAGUUGCGAUUCCCUACCGGUGCCCCUGUAUCGCGUAAUUCGCCGCUGGCGAUGUCCUUGAUCGGGUUCUCUCCGGACUGUGGUUUCGUAAUCGAAUCCAAAGGACCUCCUGAUUUUCCUCCAGGGGAGUUCGCCCAUCUCGUAGGAACCAAGACGGAAGGGUUUAACGAUAGGGCUAGGCGAGGAAUCGUAGCAUUCGCUGCAACCCUGACGCUGCAGCUCGUACUGUUGAUCAAGCAGAUGAAAGAGACUGCAACACCAUCGACCCGGAAUCGAGUCAGUUUCUAUACGAUAGCCAUGCUCGGUCUGGGAGACGGGUUCGGGUUCCUUUCUCUCAUCUUCAUGCACCUAUUCCUUGGAACUGCACAAUUGGCGCUCUAUGCCACAGCCUUUAUGUCGCUGUUCUCUGUAGUCUUCGAACUACGCUUCCUGAUGGAUAUCUGGACGGUUCAAGUGACGGAACAGAUCCGUCAAGACCGACAACAGGCAUCGACUACGACGCCGCCUAAUGCACCUACACCUCCUCCAACGGCUGUCGACACUCCAGUACCUUCUACCAACCUGGCUCCUGGUGGAGGCCUCCCUCUACCAGCAACAGCUCCACGCCGUGGAGCAUCCCCACCUAUAAUCAUCGCGCCCGACCAAGACGAUCCAUUAGACGAUGCCACGACCCCAACACCAGCCGGUGCAAACACUACCAACAACAACCCCGGGCGCGCUGAGCUAGGUGCUCUCUACAGCCGUUACUGCCUGUCCCUCAUCGCCAUCUUCUUCAUGACCCUCCAAUUCACCACCAUGCGCACGACAGCGCGAGCCUUCUACUUCAACACCCUCUGCUUCCUCUACCUCUCAUUCUGGUGCCCACAAAUCUACCGCAACAUCAUGCGCAACUGCCGCAAAGCACUGCGCUGGGACUUCGUCCUCGGCCAAUCCGCCGUCCGCAUGAUCCCCAUCUACUACUUCUACGCCGUACCCGACAACGUCCUAUUCUCUAGCACCGACGUUCGCGCACUCCUCAUGCUCGCAGCCUGGGUCUGGCUCCAAAUCCUCGCGCUCGCCAGCCAAGAGAUCCUCGGAUCCCGCUUCUUCGUGCGCGAGGGCUGGGCACCCCCAGCCUACGACUACCACCCCAUCCUCCGCGAAGACGAAGAAGGCGCCACCAUGCCCAUCGGCUCCGACCAGACGCCCUCCUCCCCCUCCACCACCACCUCGUCCUCCAAACCCGGCGAGUCGAAGGCAGGAAAGGGCAAGAAGGUCUUCGACUGCAGCAUCUGCGCUCAGGACAUCGAGGUCCCCGUCAUACCCGCCGGCGGGGCGUCCGCUGAUGAUUCUACCGCUGGGCUCACUAGUGGCGGGCUCGUGCUGCAGAGGAGGGCGUAUAUGGUUACGCCGUGUCGGCAUAUCUUCCACACGCCGUGCUUGGAGGGCUGGAUGCGGUAUCGGCUGCAGUGUCCGAAUUGUAGGGAGACGCUUCCGCCGCUGUGAUCAGGAGUGGGGGUUGUUGGAUUUAGUUUGUUUAUAGAUUAUAGGAUUGUUUACCUUUUCAUCGUUCAUCUAGAUGCUGUUUUACUAAAGGUUUUGUGGGUGUCGUUACUCGAUUGUGGCCAUCUGAGGACUUGCCAUCAACGCUCUAGCGCCGUGCGUAUGCCAUGACAGUGACCACAUCCAUCCACGUAGUCAUUUCACACUCCGUUUUCGAUCAUCCACCAUGU